AUGCGCCACGGGCCGGCGCAGAGGACGCGCGCGCGCACUUGUCAGCGCGGCGGGCCCGCGCGGGGCGGCCUGUGGGCGGCGCCAGGUGGGAAGGUGCUUGCCGCCGCGCGCCGCCUCAGCUCGCCGCCGCCGCGCGCCGCCCGCCACCGCGAGUCGCCCCAGCCGGCCGCGGCCACCGCGCGCCGCCCCAGCCCGCCGCCACUGCCCCGCACCUCCCUGCAGACCCCGGGAGGUUCUCCAAGGUCGGAACGCCGCUUGGGGAGCCAGGCUGGAGUGAGGAAGCGCCACGCUUCCGCGCCUGGCCUUCCUUCAGUGCCAACACACGGCCACAUAACUGCUCUCACCCUCCUCUGCACUGUUUGGGACAACCGAGCAGGUUUACCAACGGCUUGA